GCCCCCUAGGGGACAUGGAGAUUUUUUUUUUUUUUGCGUUCCCUCGCAAUACUUUUGCGUUACCUCGCAAUACUUUUGCGUUACCUCGCAAAACUUUUGCGUUCCCUCGCAAAAACUUUUGCGUUACCUCGCAAAAGUUUUUGCGUUCCCUCAUAAAAAGGCGUUCCGGAAGCAGACGACAAUGGAGCAGACAGUACACUCGUGUGUGAGUUUUGUCGAUUUUUAUUUUGAAAUUGGCCUUCAAUAUAAGGAAAUUCAGUCUCUGCUUGCCAAAAAGCACGGGUGUCACAUCAGUGUGCGACAUUUAAAAAGAAUACUUAGUGCAAGAGGGCACACUCGUCGCAACUAUUAUGCCGACUUGGCAAGUCUGGUGGAAUUCGUCAGGAGAGAACUUCAGUCCUCUGGUCAGCUUCACGGAUAUCGUUGGAUGUAUGCUAAAUGCAGGCAACAUGGACUUCGUGUAAGAAAGGAGGAUGUUCGUCUGAUCAUGAGGGAAUUAGAUCCAGCCGGAGUGUCCUCAAGGCAAGCCAGACGCCUUCAAAGAAGAAAUUACUUCUCAAAAGGUCCGAACUUCAUUUGGCACAUUGACUCUUAUGAUAAACUGAAGCCAUUUGGCUUUUGUAUUAACGGAAGCAUAGAUGGAUUUUCACGAAAGAUUAUCUGGCUCAAUGCAUACACCACAAAUAGUGAUCCCAAGUUGAUAGGAGGAUAUUACUCUGAAGCAGUAAAGCGUUUGGGAGGGUGUCCGAGAGUUGUUAGAGGGGAUCUAGGUACAGAAAAUGUUUAUGUCAGAGACUUCCAGAGAUUCCUCAUUCCCACUCAGCCCAACGACCUUCUUGAAAGUUACCUCGAAGGAGCAAGCACUGCAAAUCAAAGGAUUGAAUAUUGGUGGCGCUUUCUGCGUACGGAGUGUAUGGAGUUCUGGCUGUCCUUGUUUGCUGACAUCAGAGACAAUGGAUUCUUCGAUGGGGAAUUUCUGGACAAAAGCAUUCUACAGUUUUGCUGCAUGGGACUCAUACAGGAUGAGCUGGAUGACACAGCACAAGUAUGGAACACACACGGCAUCAGGCCAUCCAAAAACUUGCAGGUUCCCAGCGGUCGGCCCAAUGUUAUGUAAGCUCUACCUGAACUGUACAGUACUAUAGACUUCCUCACUCCUGUUCAAGUUGAACAUAUUCAACUGUGUAGAGAUGCAUGCACCUUUCGGCAGACCAUACCAUGUGAUUCAUCUGUGUAUGACAUUUGCAAUAUUUUAAUGGCAGAGUAUGGUCUGAUGACACCAUCAGAUCCAUAUGAUUCUGUGAAACUGUACAUGUUACUGAGAGAUGCCAUUAGAGCAUUACUAUGAGUAUUAACUGGAAAGAGCCUGCUAUGUUAAUAGGGUUCCAAAUGUCUUAAAGUAAGCUGGUUGUGUUCCAUCAUCAGAUAUCAACAUGCAUUCUAAUUGUUAAACUUAAAAAUCAGACACUUUUGUCUUUCUAAUUUAUUGAAGCAGAAAACUAAAUUGUCCUGAGAACAUUUCUCCAUUUAAGAAGUCCUGAUGUGUUGGAUUUGUUUUGCAAAAUACAGAAGUAACAGUUAAAUUACGUUUCACAGCUGUGGAUAAAUCAAAUUACUAAGUCUUGAAAAUACAGUUCAUAAUUUACAUAAAGCACUGGAAACAAAUUGCAUCAUUGUGUAAACAUUUAUUGUCAACAUUCACUGGAAAUUCAAACAUGUAAAAAAAAUAAAAACUUUGCAAGACAAA